AUGGCGUCAGUUUCUGUUUCCAUGGGUGAAAAUGAAUCUUUUUUCUCAAGAAUAUGGAAUAGGGUUGUUCUAAAAAAGGCUACUACUCUUACAGAACAGAAGAGUCUAACAACAACAGCAGCAGCUAUUACUACUACUGAUCCACUUUCAUUGAGUAGUAGUGAUAGUAAUAAUAGCGAAUUAGAGAGGGUAUUUAUGUAUUUCGAUGAGAAUGGAGAUGGAAAGGUGUCACCAACGGAGCUUAGGAGGUGUGUGAAGGUUGUAGGAGGCAAAAUGACAGCAGAGGAGGCUGAGAUGGCGAUGAGGCUAUCGGAUUCUGAUGGGGACGGGUUGUUGGGAUUGGAGGAUUUUACAAAACUAAUGGAAGGUAUGGAGGAUGAGAGGAAUAAAGAGAGUGAGUUAAUUGGAGCAUUUGGUAUGUAUGAAGAUAUGGAAGGUAGUGGAGGAUACAUUACUCCAAAGAGCUUAAAGAGGAUGUUGAGUAGACUUGGUGAAUCAACUUCCAUUGAAAAUUGUAAAGCUAUGAUUAGUAGAUUUGAUAUAAAUGGAGAUGGAGUUCUUAGCUUUGAUGAGUUCAAGGUAAUGAUGACAACUUAGAAGAUAUAUUUGUGUACAUAAUAUAAAUAUGAUUCUUGAGCUCAAAUGAUUCUGAUUAGUGUUUCCCAGUUGAGAUUUUGCAUUCUAUAGAUUCAUUAAGUGUAGCCAAAAAUUUGAUUGUAAUAUUGCAAAACUUAUUCACAAUCAUAAUAUGGUUCGAAAUA